AUGUUAGCUGGUGGACACUUUGCAGGCGGUAUCUUUAAAAGGGGUGUUUUGACGCUACACAAAACAAUACAUCGAUAUACCGUUCGCGCUAAACAAGGCGGAGCACAAUCAGCCAAUGAUUCGAAAAAUGGGAUGGCUCACUCGGCUGGAGCAGCUUUGAGAAGAUAUAAUGAACGUGCUUUACAUACGGGGAUCGAAGGUCUAAUCAAAGAAUGGUCAGCACCACUUUCUUCGAUUCCGUUAAUAUUUAUUCGUUGUGGCAGCUAUCAACGGCAAGCUUUCUUUUCGGAAAGAUUGUUUGAUAAAAACGAUCAACGAAUUAGAUCAUUUCCCUUUGAAACCAAGCGGCCAAGUAUCGAUGAGUUGAAACGUGCCUAUAACCUGCUUGAUUCUGUCUUUGAGCAUGGUACAUAUGAAAAAUUUAUGGAAGAGCUGCUCAAAAUAAAAAAGUCGGGCGUUCAACUUACGAAGAAAAAGAAAGACACGAAAUUAAACGAUAUUAUUGACAGCGAAGAAGACGAGAAGAACGAGAAUGAAGAAAGGCAGCGAAAAACAGAAAGAACAGAGAAAAAGAAUGCCGAUCUCCAAUUUGACAAAGAGGAGCGCGAAGUCCUCGAUCCAUUUUCGGAUAUUGACAAACAAUGGAAAUCGAAUGUGUACGCGGUUGUUCGAAAUGACGAUCCCGAGACUUUACAGAAACUUCUGGAAACAUGCCCGUGCGACCGUGAACGAGCCAUCCAAUUCAUCAACGAGAUGGCCUAUCCACCGCUUGGGAAUACGUUAAUGCAUAUCUCUGCAUCAAAUGGUUCGCAUAAAGCGCUUGAGUAUCUCCUACGUCUCUGCUCAAAUUUAUCGAUCAGAAAUAACAACGGAGAUGUUCCUUUUCAGAUGUCACUUGAUAAAUCGAUUCGCCUUAUUUUUAUGAAUUUUCGCGCUAAUUCAAAUGAGGACACACGGAUUGAUUGGCGAUCAACGCACAUUCCUGUGCCAACACCUAAAGCUGAGAAAAACGAAGAGCAAUUGGCACUCGAGCGUGAAAAACGGAAACUAAAAAAAGACGAGGAAAAUCAAAGAACGAAAAAGGCUGAAGAGAAGGCACUUGCAGAGGAAGCGGCAGCAAAAGAAGCGUGGUUGGCCUUGCCGGAUCGAGAAAAACGAGCGCGAGCGGCUGAAGCUCGUCUUGCUGUGUUGGAAAACCUUCAACGUGCCCGAUGCUAUCAGUGUGGCGGCGUUCUACCAAACAAGCCAUUCACCUAUUCAACGUUUGAAUUCUGCGCCCCAACCUGUGUUUCUGCGCAUCGAGCAACUCAACCACCCAAUAAAAAUGUU